CUCGUGCGGCUCCACUUAAGAUACGUAUUGAAAUUUGGUAAAGAGACCAUUUUAAGAUAACAUUUUAGUAUAUAUUCUGACUGGUCCACAAGGAUACCAAGUUGUAUUUUAAGUAACACAACAUGAAGAUCGCUAUCGUUGUUUCGGCCCUUGUGGCACUUGCAGUAGCUACCCCUUUAGAACAAAGCCCAGAAAUUAAAUUUAUUGAGAAAGGCAUUAGUGGAGAGGGAACAACUACUCGUUAUUGGGAUUGUUGCAAACCUUCCUGCUCAUGGAGGGGAAACGUCCAUACACCUAGCGGAGUACCGGUUGCGUCAUGCGAUAGAUCUGGAGUAAACAGGGUUGAUGAUAAUGCAAAAUCAGGAUGUGAAGGUGGCGGCAGUGCUUACAUGUGCAAUAGUCAACAACCCUGGGCAGUAAAUAGCACUUUGGCAUAUGGUUUUGGUGCUGCAUCUUUCAGUAACGGAAUUGAUGUAUCCUUAUGUUGCGCUUGUUUCUUACUUAGCUUCAAAGAUCAAAUUUCAAACAAGAAAAUGAUCGUACAAGUUACAAAUACUGGUUCUGAUUUAAGUCAUAAUCAUUUCGACAUCGCUCUUCCCGGAGGUGGUGUUGGAAUUUUCACACAAGGUUGUCAUGACCAAUGGAAUGCCCCAUGGAACGGUUGGGGUGACCAAUAUGGUGGAGUUCAUAACAGAGGGGAAUGUGCUACUCUUCCUCAAGCCUUACAGUCUGGAUGCUACUUCAGAUUUGAUUUCUACCAGAAUGCUAACAAUCCAAGAAUGCAUUUCGACCAAGUCCAAUGCCCUGCUGAAAUCGUUGCCAGAUCUGGUUGCAGUCUUUAAAUAUAAUAUAAUUAUUUGUUUUAAAACAAUUAUGUUUUAUUUAGGUACAAAUGAAAUAAACCAUAUGUUUGCAUGUCAA